UCUCUCUCUUAAUCUAAGUGUAAAAGGUGGUCGUUGGGUUCAUUACUUCACCGGAAUCUGCUGAGGUUGCCGGAAUGUGGAAAUCACGCGCUCUUUGUUGUGCACUAGCACUGCUUCUUCUUCACUCGGUCCUAGUGCUGGUUUCUGCUCAGAGAUCUAACACCACCGCUUGGAACACGCUCAAUGGAAGUCCUCCAUUGGUAAUAGCACAUGGUGGGUUUGCAGGGAUAUUUCCUGAUUCUAGUGCCAUUUCCUACAAUUUGGCAACAUUAACGAGUCUGCCGAACGUCAUUGCAUGGUGUGAUGUGCAACUAACAAAAGAUGCAGCUGGGAUUUGCCUUCCAAAUAUCAACCUUUCCAAUUCAACUAACAUUGGUUUUUUUUACCCAAAUAAAACUACUAGUUACUUAGUUAAUGGUGUCCCCAUCCGUGGCUAUUUUUCUGUGGAUUACACCCUCAAGGGCUUAAACGUGGUCUCCGUGGUUCAGGGAGUAUACUCUCGAACGAACCUGUUUGACGGAAACAGUUAUCAAAUUCUUACUGUUGAUGAUUUAGUUCAAACAGUAUCCCUACCAGGCUUGUGGUUGAAUAUUCAGCAUGAUGCAUUCUACACGCAACAUAAUUUGAGUAUGAGAAACUUUGUACUUUCUGUUUCUAGAAGAGUAGUUGUUAAUUAUAUCUCAUCACCGGAGGUUGGUUUUCUGAGAGGUAUAGCAGCACGCUUCAACCCAAAAAUAACAAAACUGGUCUUCAGGUUUAUGGGACAGGAUGACAUUGAACCAUCAACCAAUCAGACUUACGGUUCACUCUUAAAGAAUCUUACAUUUAUCAAGACAUUUUCUUCUGGAAUUCUUGUUCCCAAGGGAUACAUAUGGCCUGUAGAUGCAAGUCUUUAUCUACAACCACAUACCUCUUUGGUCUCGGAUGCACAUAAAGUUGGGCUGGAGGUUUUUGCAUCAGAAUUCACGAAUGAUGUUCCUUUUAGCUAUAAUUACAGUUAUGAUCCUCUUGCUGAAUACCUCCAAUUCAUUGACAACGGCGACUUCUCUGUUGAUGGUGUGCUCUCUGAAUUCCCCAUAACUCCAUCUGAAGCUGUAGGUUGCUUUGCUCACCUUGGCACCAAUGCAACGAAAACAGAUAAAACUUUGGUUAUCUCAAAAUAUGGAGCAAGUGGAGAUUAUCCUCCUUGUACCGACUUAGCAUAUAAACAUGCUGUAUUAGAUGGUGUUGAUGUUCUUGACUGUCCUGUUCAAAUAUCAAAGGAUGGAACACCAUUUUGCUUAAACUCCAUUGAUCUUUUAGAGAGUACAACAGUUGCUCAAUCAAGCUUCAGCAAAGAUGCCAUGACUAUCCCUGAGAUCAAGUCUGGCAGUGGCAUAUUUACCUUCAACUUGACGUGGGAUGAUAUAAAAGGCCUGACUCCCUCAAUAUUGAACCCCUAUGCAAAAUUCACAUUGCUCAGGAAUCCAAAAAAUAAGAAUGCUGGGACAUUUUUAACAUUAUCAGAUUUCUUGUCCUUGACAACAAAUCAGACUUCUCUAUCAGGUGUCUUGAUCAUUGUUGAGAAUGCAGCCUAUCUUGCAGGCAAGGAAGGAUUAAGUGUGACUGAUGCAGUCAUUGAUGCUUUGAGCAAAGCAGGUUAUGAUAAACCAGGGGCCCAAAAAGUUUUUAUUCAAUCUACUGAUAGCGCUGUGCUGCUGAAGUUCAAGGAGAAAACCAAAUAUGAGCUUGUCUAUAAGGUUAACGAGACUGUUAGUGAUGUUGAUAAUAAAGCCGUUCAGGAUAUAAAAAGCUUCGCUGGUUCUGUGGUCGUCAACAAGGAGUCAGUAUAUCCUCGUAAUAACGGCUUCCUGAUUGGCUCUACAACGACUUUGUCAAAGCUAAAAGCUGCUAAUCUCUCAGUUUUCGUAGAAACAUUCAGCAAUGAGUUUGUAUCUCAAGCGUGGGAUUUCUUCUCAGAUGCAACUGUGGAGAUCAACACAUAUAUUCAGGCAGUAGAAAUUGAUGGUGUCAUCACAGACUUCCCUAAAACUGCUGAUAGAUACAGAAGGAACAAAUGCUUAAAUUUGGGUAAUAAAACACCCGCUUACAUGGAAUCUGUUAAACCAGGUGGUCUUUUUCCAUUCAUUGCCAAAAACGAGAUUCCUCCAGCUGUGGCUCCAUUCCCACCCUUGACAGAAUCUGAAGUGGCAGAGUCACCUUUGCCUCCGGUUGCUAAAAUAGUCCCAGCUACUGGCCCUGCUGCCGGAAAUGGGUCAGCAGCGUCGCCGCCGCAAGGAAAUGCACAGCCUAAGGUCACUGUCUGCUUCUUCUUGUCCAGUCUGGCAGUGUUUGUGGCUUCUCUUCUUCUGCUUUGAGUGAAGUCAUAUUCCCACUUCCUGCCAUAAACUACACCAAAAAAACAAACAAAAAGAAAGGGUUGCUUUUUGCUGCUUUCAACUCUCUAUUUCCCCAUCUCUUCUAGGAUUAAGUGACAUGCAGCUUUUGGAUUGAGACUACAUGAAUAAUCCAGACUUUGUUGUUUUUUUCUUUUUCUUUUUAUUUUUUAAUUUUUUUGUACUUAAAAAGAGAAAAUUCUUUCCCUUAUUUCUUCUAGCUAUGUAUGUUGAUUCUUAGUUUCCCAAAUCACUUCUGGGGUUUAUACUAUGAGCAC